CAGCUGGGAGAAUGAGACACAUCCGCACGCUAUAGACUGGGAGACGCUUGGUGUCCCAUUCCAGCCACUACUACAACAACUCCUCCGGAAACAGAAACCACCUGAAUCGUCUUGCUACGCGAAAUUAGUACAAUUCGACGCGCCCAGGGGGGGAGAAAAAGCGGCGGAACUUGCCCGGCCAGACGAGACGCACUGCUCCGCGCUCCGAAAAAAGGACACUUUCCCCAUCUCAUAAGAAAAAGAGGGGACAGUUCGUGACAAGUCCCGUUGUGGGGUGUUUUUUUUUUGUGUCAAACGCCUGGCCCAAACCGUCGCUCUUGGGAGUGGAGGAAGAAAAAAAAAAAACACCUCCCUUGAAGACUUUUUUUUUUUUUUGAGUCGUCUCUGGAGAGUGAUCUGAAAGACUCCGGUCAUGGCAGAGACAGCUGCAGCGGCGCCAGCGCAGAAGGCGAAGAAGGCGAAGGGGCCCAAGAAGGCGUCCACGCACCCCAAGUACUCGGACAUGAUCGAGGCGGCGGUCCACGCCGAGAAGAGCCGCGGCGGCGCUUCCAGGCAGUCCAUCCAGAAGUACAUCAAGAGCCACUACAAGGUCGGGGACAACGCGGACUCCCAGAUCAAGCUGUCCCUCAAGAGACUGGUGGCCACCGGCGUCCUGAGACACACCAAGGGAGUCGGGGCGUCGGGCUCCUUCAAGCUGGCCAAGGCGGACGAGUCCAAGAAGGCGCCCAAGCCCGCCGAGAAGCCCAAGAAGAAGGCGACCAAGGCGGCCAAGCCCAAGAAGGUGGCCAAGCCCAAGAAAGUGACCAAGUCGCCGGUCAAGGCCAAGAAGCCCAAGGCGGUGGAGAAGAAAGCCAAGAAGGCGCCGGAAAAGAAGAAGCCGGCUCCCAAACCCAAGAAGCAGGAGAAGGCGAAGAAACCGAAAGUUUCCAAACCGGCCAAAGCCAGCAGACCCAAGAAAAUGAAGACGGCGAAACCUAAGGCUAAGUCGGCCCCCAAGAAAGCUGCGAGGAAGAAGUAAAAAGACUCGCUAAACACAGCAGCUGCCUGUAAAUAGACUCGAUUUUUAACAAAAUCUUUUUAUAUAUAGUAAAUAUAUCGUUUUCUGCGGACUUUAUCCGACCCCUUUUCUAGAGUAUUCUUCGUGUUGCGCUAUAGAGACAUUGAUGGUGUUAGUGGCGUCCGGAGCGUUAACAGUGUUGCUGUGACUCCUCGCUUGAUUGUGCUGUUCUUCACUGUUCCUUAAAGAAAGUACUUUUAACAGCUUGCUGGCGUCCUCUGUUGGCGACACGAAUCUGGAGCUGCGAUUAAGACUGGGGAGGGGUGUUUUAUAGCUUUCCGUGCUGCAAGUUUUGUUUGGAAAUGUCCUCAUCUCGGAUGAGAGCAGCGCUUCGCGUUGUUGAACUGCGAGUCUGAACUUUUCGUUUUUUACAGUUCCGAUCCCAAGUUACCGUUUACCUUUUAACUCCCAUUUUGUAAAAUACGCUCACAAAGCAGUUAUUGUAAAAACAAAACGACUUUAUAUUGUAAGAUGCCAAUAAAAAGGACUUUUCUGAUAUCAA